GCUCCCUGGCUGGCCCAAGCUCUGUGCAGGGAUGGAAGUGCCUAGCAGAGGAGCAUGGCAAAAUGGCUGUGUGAUGUCCUUCUCUCCCCUCUUGGCCAGGGUAAGGCCACACCGCCUCCUCCCCUGCCCCGGAGCCGCAGGGAAAGCUGGCCUGCUGGAAGGAGAUGAGCCACGUCCCCAACCAAGUUUUCAGAGCAGCCUGGAGAGACAGUCCCCGAGUGCUGCGAACUUCCCAGGCCCUGGUUGCUUCUGCCUGCCUUGCUGAGUCCCCUGAAAUCCAGGGUCCCUCCAAGAGCCAUGGUGUAGCUGGCUCUCCCCUCUCAAGGUGAUGUUGUCCAGGAGGCGCCUAACAUGGUUGUGGGGACUGGAGGGCCCCCCACUUGCUUCCGUUACCCUAAUGCUGCUUCUUGGCGUCGUUUGGCUGCUGGGGGGUUGCGAGAAUCUGUCCUUAGCGCCGGCACUGCUGUUCAGAAACUUCCAAGUGUAUCGUCUGGCAACCUACUGCCUGUGCCACACGGACCCCUCCCUCCUGCUCCUCAACUUGCUGCUCUUUCCUGUGCUGGGCUGGCGCCAGGAGCGCCAGCAGGGGACCCUGCGCUACCUCCACGCCUCCCUGCUCAGCGCGGUGAUCUCGGCUCUGCUCUACCUCAUCCUGGCUGGGCUCUGGGCGCCUGCCCCUGAUGCUGCCAGCGGCUACACUCCGGUCCACCUGGCCAUGCUGGGGCGCCAUCUGGUACUGAGGAGCAGGGCUGGGGCCUCGGGGCAGGUUGGGGCUGGGGCCCUGCCCUGGCUUCUCCUCGCGUUCAGCCAGCUUCUCUCCCCCGGGUGCCCCUUCCUCCUCCACCUGAGUGGUGCGCUCACAGGGCUGGCCUUGGCAGAUUGGUCCCGGUCUUGUCGUGGCUGGAGCUAUCGGAGAGGCGCCUGGAAGUGCUACAUGAUGGGGCUGUCUGCAGGACACUGGCGAGAAGUGGCUUCGUCCGCUUUAUCCUGUGUCCAAGAGCGGGGAUCCUUCCCACUAGCCAUGCGGCCAGCACCAGGGGCAGAUCUCCAUGGGAGUCCUCCCCCCUGGGACAGCCCCAGCCUGCACUCUGGGGCAUCACUCUUGGGUUUGGGAGAGGUCCUGCUGGAUGAGCAGCUGCUGCUGGCCGGGAUCCAGGCCUCCCUGAGGGACGCCAGCCUGGAGGCUGCCGUGAGCGGAGUGCAGCUUUCCAAAUCCUCUGUCUCCUCUCUGCGGCUGCAGCAGCUUGAGAGGAUGGGCUUUCCCACGGAGCAGGCGGUGGUGGCACUGGCAGCCACGGGCCGAGUGGAGGGGGCCGUCUCACUGCUUAUUGGAGGCCAGGUCGGGGACGAAGCCGUGGUAAUGUCGGAGAGCAGGCCAGCCUGCCGUGAGCAUCUGCUUCCCACAGAGCAAGCCGUACCGUGCUUUCCCACCGCAGAAUAAAGGGCCCCAGUAAUUAACAGUGGAAAUAACGGCCCCAGGCUGAACCACUGGGUUUAAGAUCACCAGGCCCUGAGGGAAGGAAGAGAGCAAAGCCCAUUACCGGAAACACCAUGAGCUUGGGGGCAUGCACCCUCUAUCCCAAGAUGGGGGAGUCCUGUAGGGCUCAGCUCCAGGCCUGGGCUCCAUGGGGAAUGGUUAGGCUCAUAGACUUUAAGUUCAGAAGGGACCAUUAUGAUCAUCUAGUCUGACCUCCUGCACUAUGCAGGCCAUACAA